CACAUCUUUCUGGAAUGACUGCAUAUCAUCAGGCCUGAGAGGGGGCAUCCUGAUAGAGUUGGCCAUGCGGAGUAGAAUCUAUCUGGAACCCCCCACCAUGCGUAAGAAGCGACUGCUAGACAGAAAGGUACUGCUAAAGUCAGACAUCCCAACUGGUGACGUUUUACUGGAUGAAACUCUCAAACACAUCAAAGCAACUGAACCCACAGAAACUGUCCAAACAUGGAUAGAGCUACUCACUGGUGAGACCUGGAACCCCUUCAAAUUACAGUAUCAGCUAAGAAAUGUACGAGAGCGAAUUGCAAAGAACCUGGUAGAGAAGGGUAUUCUAACCACUGAGAAGCAGAAUUUCCUGCUAUUUGACAUGACUACUCAUCCAGUGACCAAUAUAACAGAGAAACAGCGACUAGUGAAGAAACUUCAAGACAGUGUACUAGAGCGGUGGGUAAAUGACCCUCAGCGUAUGGACAAGCGAACACUAGCACUCCUGGUGCUAGCCCACUCCUCUGACGUGUUAGAGAAUGUCUUCUCCUCUCUGACAGAUGACAAGUAUGAUGUGGCAAUGAAUCGAGCCAAGGACCUAGUAGAACUGGACCCUGAGGUGGAGGGGAUAAAGCACAGUGCCACAGAGAUGAUCUGGGCUGUGCUGGCAGCCUUCAAUAAAUCCUAAAGCCAGCAGGUGGGUUUCUCCUUUUCUCCCCUGCUGGCUAGAGACUGUCAGAGACCCCAUCACUGAGUUUUGUAUGAUGAGAUAUUUUCAUCCUUUUUUCUCUUGAAUCAGGCUUAUGAUUUGGGGAACACAACUUCAGGGCUUCUUUCCCAUUGACCUUUAAAUCAAGCAGACUUGAUUUCUUCCUUUAUUUCCACCCCACAUAGGUGAAUAAACUGGGUGAACCCACACACAUCCAAUAAACAUAUU